ACAGAAGAAGUGAGAUUAAGGUUAGAACCCACAGAAGGAGUGAAAUUAAUGUUACAACCCACCGAAGGAGUGAGGUUAAGGUUAUAACCCACAGAAGGAGUGAAAUUAAUGUUACAACCCACUGAAGGAGUGAGAUUAAGGUUAGAACCCACAGAAGGAGUGAGAUUAAGGUUAGAGCCCACAGAAGGAGUGAGGUUCAGGUUAGAACCCACAGAAGAAGUGAGGUUCAGGUUUGGCUGGGGAGAGGGCGGUCCACUGCUUUUCUAUGAAAUCAAAAUUUUGUAAAAUUCCGAAAUAAUAUUUUACGGGAGUUUGUGUUUCAAACUGUGGCCCCCAAAUGCUUUUGUUGCUUAGGGCCCCCAGAUUAUUAAGUGUGGCCCCAGUUGAGUUAGACGUUCAAUCAGUUCUCUGUUUUUCUACCUCUGUUGUUGUCAUGGACGAGUGAUGAUCUCCCAGCAGGUGGCGCUCUGCUCUGACCCAGAUCAAGGACAGAGAGGGGGGAUGAGCCCUGCCCCCUAAAACCACCAUGACUCAGAGACCAGACUCUGGACCUGGACCUGGACCUGACCUGGGUUUAGGGUCUGUUCAGAGACUCAAGGCGUUUUUCGAACACAAUGUUCACAUGCAGCAGUCAGCCGACCACAACAGGUGGCGCUCUGCUAUGAAUCAGAUCAAGGACAGUGAAGAGGAAGCUCCGCCCUCUAAAACCACUCUGUGUGAGGAACAUGAGGGUCAGAGGAGGAUCCAUCAACAGAGACCAGACUCUGCCAGACCUGGACCUGGACCCAGCUGUGUGUCCAUGAAGAGUGACUGGUCCAUGUAUGAACCUUUGAACUUCAAACAAGAACAGAGGAGGAUCCAUCAACAGAGACCAGACUCUGCCAGACCUGGACCUGGACCCAGCUGUGUGUCCAUGAAGAGUGACCGGUCCAUGGAUGUACCUGUGAGCUUCAAAAAAGAACAGAGGAGGAUCCAUCAACAGGGACCAGACUCUGCCGGACCUGGACCUGGACCCAGCUGUGUGUCCAUGAAGAGUGACAAGUCUAUAGGUCGUAUUAUUAACUUCAAGGAUGGACAAAAACAUGGUGAACUGAUAGUUGAUCAGCAGAGGACAGAGGUUCUCAGUGGUCAGUCUGUCCAGCAGCAUGGAGCAGACCUGGACUCCAUAUUUAAGCUGCUGGAGGAGAACAUCAUCUGCUUUGUGAAGAACGAGCUGAAGAAGAUCCACAAGGUUCUGGAUACAGAUCACACAGAAGUCUCAGAGAGUCAGAGGGAGGAUGAGGAGCAGAGGAGCAGCAGAGAGGCCUUUCUGAAGAUCACAGAGGACUUCUUAAGGAGGAUGAAGCAGGAGAAGCUAGCUGACAGUAAGAGGACUUUUAAUGUGAAAGGAAGAACAUCUUAUUUUCUCAAUUAUCCACUCACUGAUUUAUUUUCUUGUGUUCUGUCAGAAAUCAGAGCUCCAGCUUGUCGACGUGAACUCAAAUUAAACCUGAAGAAGAAGUUCCAGUGUUUGUUUGAGGGUGUGGCUAAAGCAGGAAACUCCACCCUUCUGAAUGAGAUCUUCACAGAGCUUUACAUCACAGAGGGAGAGACUGGAGAGGUCAAUGAAGAACAUGAGGUCAGACAGAUUGAAAAAGCUUCCUGGAAAUCAGACAGACCAGAAACAUCCAUCAGACAAGAAGACAUCUUUAAAGCCUCAGCUGGAAGAGGCGGACCAAUUAGAAGAGUGAUGACAAAGGGCGUGGCUGGCAUUGGGAAAACAGUGUUAACACAGAAGUUCACUCUGGACUGGGCUGAAGACAAAAGCAACCAGGACGUACAGUUCAUGUUUCCCUUCACCUUCAGAGAGCUGAAUGUGCUGAAAGAGAAGAAGUUCAGUUUGGUGGAACUCAUCCAUCACUUCUUCACUGAAACCAAAGAAGCAGGAAUCUGCAGGUUUGAAGACUUUAAGGUGGUCUUCAUCUUUGAUGGUCUGGACGAGUGUCGACUUCCUCUGGACUUCCACAACACUGAGAUCCUGACUGACAUCACAGCGUCCACCUCAGUGGACGUGCUGCUGACAAACCUCAUCAGGGGGAAACUGCUUCCCUCUGCUCGCCUCUGGAUAACCACGCGACCUGCAGCAGCCAAUCAGAUCCCUCCUGACUGUGUGGACAUGGUGACAGAGGUCAGAGGGUUCACGGACCCACAGAAGGAGGACUACUUCAGGAAGAGGUUCAGAGAUGAGAAGCAGGCCAGGAGGAUCAUCUCCCACAUCCAGACAUCACGAAGCCUCCACAUCAUGUGCCACAUCCCAGUCUUCUGCUGGAUCACUGCAACAGUUCUGGAGAACAUGCUGAAAACCAGAGAUGGAGGAGAACUGCCCAAGACCCUGACUGAGAUGUACAUCCACUUCCUAGUGGUUCAGUCCAAAGUGAAGAAGGUCAAAUAUGAUGGAGGAGUUGAGGCAGAUCCACACUGGAGUCCAGAGAACAAGAAGAUGAUUGAGUCUCUGGGGAAACUGGCUUUUGAGCAGCUGCAGAAAGGAAACCUGAUCUUCUAUGAAUCAGACCUGACAGAGUGUGGCAUCGAUAUCACAGCAGCUUCAGUUUACUCAGGAGUCUUCACUCAGAUCUUUAAAGAGGAGAGAGGCCUGUACCAGGACAAGGUCUUCUGCUUUGUCCAUCUGAGUGUUCAGGAGUUUCUAGCUGCUCUUCAUGUUCAUCUGACCUUCAUCAACUCUGGAACAAAUCUCUUGUCAGAAGAACCAACAACGAGCCAGCGGUCCAUACAAACAAACAAACCUGAACUGAAUCAUCUGCACCAGAGUGCUGUGGAAGAGGCCUUACUGAGUCCAAAUGGACACCUGGACUUGUCCCUCCGCUUCCUCCUGGGUCUUUCACUGGAGACCAAUCAGAAGCUCUUAAGAGGUCUACUGACACAAACAGGAAGUGGUUCACAGACCAAUCAGGAAACAGUUGAGUACAUCAAGAAGAAGAUCAGUUGGAAUCUGUCAGCAGAGAGAAGCAUCAACCUGUUCCACUGUCUGAAUGAACUGAACCAUCGUUCUCUUGUGGAGGAGAUCCAAGAGUCCCUCACAUCAGGACGCCUGUCCAGAAAGACACUGUCUCCUGCUCAGUGGUCAGCUCUGGUCUUCAUCUUACUGUCACCAGGAAAAGAUCUGGAAGAGUUUGACCUGAAGAAAUACUCUGCUUCAGAGAUGGCUCUUCUGAAGCUGCUGCCGGUGGUCAAAGUCUCCACCAAAGCUCUACUGAGUGGCUGUAAACUCUCAGAGAGAAGCUGUGAAGCUCUGUCCUCAGUCCUCAGCUCUGUGUCCUCUAGUCUGAGACACAUGGACCUGAGUAACAAUGACCUGCAGGAUCCAGGAGUGAAGCUGCUGUGUGAUGGACUGAAGAGUCCUCACUGUUCUCUGGAGACUCUCAGAAUGAGUGGCUGUAAACUCUCAGAGAGAAGCUGUGAAGCUCUGUCCUCAGUCCUCAGCUCUGUGUCCUCUCGUCUGAGACAUGUGGACCUGAGUAACAACGACCUGCAGGAUCAAGGAGUGAAGCUGCUGUGUGAUGGACUGAAGAGUCCUCACUGUUCUCUGGAGACUCUCAGAAUGAGUGGCUGUAAACUCUCAGAGAGAAGCUGUGAAGCUCUGUCCUCAGUCCUCAGCUCUGUGUCCUCUCGUCUGAGACACGUGGACUUGAGUAACAACGACUUGCAGGAUCAAGGAGUGAAGCUGCUGUGUGAUGGACUGAAGAGUCCUCACUGUUCUCUGGAGACUCUCAGUCUGUCAGGUUGUCUGGUCUCAGAGGAAGGAUGUUCUUCUCUGACCUCAGCUCUGAACUCAAACCCCUCCCAUCUGAGAGAACUGGACCUGAGUAACAAUGACCUGCAGGAUCCAGGAGUGAAGCUGCUGUGUGAUGGACUGAAGAGUCCUCACUGUUCUCUGGAGACUCUCAGUCUGUCAGGUUGUCUGGUCUCAGAGGAAGGAUGUUCUUCUCUGACCUCAGCUCUGAACUCCAACCCCUCCCACCUGAGAGAACUGGACCUGAGCUACAAUCAUCCAGGAGACUCAGGAGAGAAGCUGCUGUCUGCUGGACUGAAGAGUCCUCACUGGAGACUGGACACUCUCAGGAUGGACCAUGCUGGAGAGCAGUGGUUAAAACCUGGUCUCAGGAAGUAUUCAUGUGAACUGGAACUGGACACAAACACAAUGAACAGAGAACUCAAACUGUCUGACGACAACAGGAAAGUGACCUGUGUGACAGAAGAUCAGUCGUAUCCUGAUCAUCCAGACAGAUUUAAGUUCUUUCCUCAGCUGCUGUGUAGACCUGGUCUGACUGGUCGCUGUUACUGGGAGGUCGAGUGGAGAGGAACUGUUUAUAUAUCACUGAGUUACAGAGGAAUCAAGAGGAAAGGCAACAGUUCUGACUGUUUGUUUGGACAUAAUGAUCAGUCCUGGAGUCUGAUCUGCUCUGAUGUUCAUCGUAACUCUGUCUGUCACUGUGGGACAGAAAAAUUCAUCAUGUCCUCUGUCUCUCACAGAGUAUCAGUGUAUGUGGACUGUCCUGCUGGGACUCUGUCCUUCUACAGCGUCUCCUCUGACUCACUGUUCCACCUCCACACCUUCAGGACCACAUUCACUGAACCGGUUUAUCCUGGGUUCCUGGUCUGGCCUGGUUCCUCAGUGUCUCUGUGUCCUCUGUAGGACAUGAAGAGACAGCAGCUUCAGUGGUGGACGAGGUCAAAGCUCGUCUCAGUCAUUCUUUGUUGAAACCAUCAAUAAAUAAAGACUUAAAAAAUCAA